AUGCAAGAUAUUUAUUUGCCUUUAUUUUUAAGAAAAAAUAAUUACCAUUAAUUUAUAUUUUAAUCAAAUAAAUUAAUUAAUUACAUUUUGGUUUUUAAUUAUUUUUCAAAAGUAUAUUAAAUUAAAUAAUAAGCAAACAUUUAGACUAGGCAAAACAAAUUGAAAUUUUAAGCUCAACAAAAAACUAAGAAAUAGCCAUUAAAUUUAAAAAACAAUUCUUAAGGCAUAGAAUAAUAUAAAAUAUCUAACUAGCAGAAUGAAAGAGAAAUACUUAAGAGCCAAAUCAAUUAGUAAAUAAGUAAAUAUAAUAAAAAAAGUAAUAAUAAUUAGAAUAAGAUUACUUUUAUGAGGUUAUCUUUAGCGAUUUAGGAACUUUAGAGGAUAGAAAUGAUUAAGAGUAAAAAUAAUAAACAAAGGAAUACUUAAAAUAUUAUUUUAAUUCAUUAAAAGAAACAAAAAACGAAUUAUAAACUAAUGUAAAAUUAAGUUUUACACAAACUGUUUGAGCUUCAACACAUUCUUUUAUCUCAAUCGCACAUAUACACAUAGAUAGAUAGAGAGAUAUUCUAAAAGCUUAUAAAACAUUUAAAUGAAUACAAACAUAUUAAAUUUUAUUUACUUUUUUCUUUUUAUUAAACUUUAAAUAUGAAACAAUAACUAAAAAACUUAAUAUAUUUUUCAAAUUAUUCUCUUGAUUUAAAAUAUUAUUUUGAAUUUUGA